CGAUAGUUCCUGCUAAAGAAGCUAUCCUUCGUUUUUGCCAUUUUUGUGAAAAAGAUCAACAUCUUACCGUUGCGGAAUGGAUCAAACAUUUAGCAGAACAUACUGGUGUAACUAUGUUCAAACUCGUUUGUCUUCUAUGGAACAUCAUCUUGAGAAGCAACAUCCGUCCAAUAGCAACGAUGCUUUAAAGAAUAUGGAGUAUGUUCGAUUUAGCGUAGUAGAGAAGCGUUUCACUGCAAGCAUGAGCAGCAAUGGUAACUCAAUUGUUGCAAGUAAUGCCAUAAUCGGUAUGGGAAAGGUUAUUAAAAACGACCCUAUGAAGGUUAACACAAGUGAAGAUGGCUAUGACUCUUCCUGUAGCUCAGACACAAUGUCAAUGAUUGCUUCAGAUGAUGAGGUUACCAUAAUUUCAAUGAAGGCAAGUAAAAGUCCUCCUUUGCAGCACCCCGACUUGGAAAAUGAUCAAGUACCUGUUUGUUUGGAAUCAAUACACGAGAGGCGGGAACAUUCGAAUGAUUCUUCGUCGAUCUAUCCAACUACUCCAUGCGUGGCAACCGUGGCAACCAUACCGAUUUUUCCAACCAUGCCAAACGUGCCAAGCAGCAAGAACAAAUUUAUAAAGGAGUCGAUCAGGCAGGUAGAAGUCAAUGAAAAAGAACCAGUAUGGCGAGCUAAAAAAAAAUGUGGAAAACAGCAGCGAACCACAGCCACCGUUCAGAACCGAAGCGGUGGAAUACAACAUGCUUAUAGUCGACCAAUAUCUGUUGUGAUUUCGGACCGAGCGAUGAAUUAUGAGAGCAACAUCUAUGGUACGUCGAAUGAAACUGUAAUUCCUUCAAUAAAUGUGCAAGUCAAUUCUGAUAUCAAUGGCAAUAAAUUUGCCUAUAAAGAAGUAAAUGGUAUACCGAAACCGUGGAUUCAAAACAGCAGUCCGAAAAUGACCAUUUAUUAUCACUCAAUGCUUAAAACGGAAUCCCUUGUUGCGUUCUACAAAUGCAUGGGUCAUGCAUGUGAUUUUACGACACAAAACGAUAAAAAGAUGGAGCAACAUUUGCUUUAUCACGAUUUCUAUAAAGGCUUUAAAAGUGAGGUCAUGCAAUGGCUAGAGUGUUGCUAUUGUGCUUUUUUUGGCAGCGGCCCCAAAGAGCUUGUAGAGCAUUUGCAGUCAGUUCACGGAAACUGUGGUUACCAAUGUAACCGAUGCUUCUAUCGUAGUCGAGAGGCAUCUGCAUUAGCGGUGCAUCAAUCGUUGUUUCACUCCGAUUCAGAAGAACCGAGCAACCGUAUAUUUCAGUGCAUUAGAAGAGUGAAGAACUACAACCCAUCUGAUCAGGGGUUCAUCAUUGAUAAUAUGUUAGAAACUGUUCCCAUGUUAGUGUGCAUGGUAUGUCCAUCCAGAAAAUACUACGGUAUUUUAUCAUUCAAAGACCACAUUGAGAGUCACUCGUUCGAUUUUAUGGAGUGUAACUUGUGUAGUAAGAUUUGCGGUAAAAUGGAACUGAUGAACCACAUGCAGAAUAUCCAUGGUAUCUAUUUAUUCCAAUGCGUUUAUUGCCAGUUUGGGACUAUUAACAAUCGCUGGAUAGAGCACCAUGUCAGUGUGCACCACCCGGAGAAAAUAUUUUGUUAUCAUGUACGAAAUGCAAACCAAACAUUGGAACCAUAUGUUAGGCCUAGAAAGGUGAUACCACCUCACAAAUUUGUGGUGUUUUCUUCUGCUUAGUUCUAAGAUGUCCUUACGGUAAAAAAUGAGUUUGCGUUACUAAUGCUAUCAUAAGUCUUUACUAAUAAGGAGUAGCCAUGUUGCUUCUGAAGUUGAUGUAUUUUCUUUUUAAUAUUUAUACUUAUCUUUGGUUGUCAUAUAUUUUUGACAUCACAAAAAGAUCUCCUUAAUCGAAUCCAGUAACCCAUGGAUAAUUUACCAAAUAUAUUAUAUCUUUGAAAGAGCGUUGAAUCUUCGAUCUAAGAACUGUUAUAUUGGUCGAUAAAAUUGAAUUACAUUGAAUGUGGAAAAGAUUAAAAAUCACUUGUGCUUCCGAUAAUUUAUAAUGGAAGUGGU